AUGGCGCUUUCAUUCACAGUCCCGAGCAACUACGGCAACGUCGUCGCCAUCGCCCUCGGCGCGAUCCCAUUCCUCGGCUUCGUCCACGGAUACAUCACGACAGGCCUUCGUAAGGCGGCAGGCGUCCCAUACCCGCACUCAUAUGCCACUCCCGACCAAUGCGCCAAAAACGUAAUAUUGCAUCUCCCCUCCCACCAACUCGCAAUAUACUAA